UCGGGUAGGCUAAGUACAUAUAUACAUAAUACCGCUGCAAUUGUCAGUUGCUUUUUUGUGACGUUAUAACUUAUCACAUUCCAUUUAUAUACACGCCUUUCAUUUGUUUCUCUUAUGGAUCGCUAGUAUUUGUUGUACAGUCCGUUAGCUCUUGGAAAAUUACACACGUCUUACACUUAAUGACAUACUAUGAAAAUAAAAAUCAUAAAAAUAUAAUUGUAGAUUGCAGACAUAUGUUGCACUGAUAAAAAACGACUAAUGGAAAUGCAUAUUUACUUUUAUUUCCAAUUAAUUAUCUCAUUACAAGUGUGCUUAAGCCAAGUAGGACCUGAUGCCGCUCAUGUGGUGCCCUUUGCACCCGGAACACCACCGAUACCAUCGAAAUGCGCCCCCAAAUCCUCCACAAGUGUUCCGAAAAAUGCAUUGCAAUUUCGGUUACCUUUCAUGGAUAUUAAUAUACAAAAUGAGCGCAAUUUGCAUAUUAUGCAGGAAAUUUCGAAAGAUCAAAUUUUCGUCUUGCAUGGCAAUGAAUUAUAUGUACUGAUCGUGAGCGGAGUGGAAAAGCGUUUAUCUUUGGUUGGCAUGUUGGCUGGUGGUGUACGGCAACAUGAGCCCAUUGGAGUGGAGGUGAUUGCUUGGCGCAAUUAUUUGCUGCUUGUUGUCGCUUUGGAAGAAUUUGUGGAGAUAUAUCAGUUGAAUGCCGUUGUAUUGGCGCAAAAUGCUGAGGCGGCAAAAUUAUUUCAAGUCAAUAGAGACUCUAUAACGAAUUUCGAACCAAUACAACAGCUAACCAUAAAUGGUAGAUUUCAUAAACUUUUUCUCAUCAGUGCCGGCGAGGAACAAAUUAUGCUUAUAACGGCCGUGAAUUAUACAAAACUACAAUCAAAGUUACGUACAUAUGAGUGGUCAAAUACGUUCUUUGAGUUGGUGGAAGAUCUUACAGUACCGGCUAUACACGUGUUGGAAAUUAUUGGCACGACACCAAAAUUUUUGCUUAGUGGACGCCUUAUAAAACAUCAGGGCCGGACUAUAGUCGUUAUUUAUGAAGUUGGCACAACUGAUUUGCAUUUACGCAAUCGUCAGACACUCACGAUACCCUCGAGCACCAUACAUGCUUACACAUUUCAUGGACGAAAUUACCUGAUUGGGUGUGUGGCACAACAGCAGAAAUGCAAUAGUUUUUGGAUGAAACGUGAUGAGGUACAAUUCUCACCAUAUCGACAAUUUAACGGUAAAGAAUUGACCUUCGAACGCUUCGUUGCGGGAAAGCAUUUUUUGGUUGGUACAAACCAGGGUGCCGUUAAUGUUUAUCCGACUGCGCGUAUGGACUGCUACGCGAGCUACACGGCAAAAGAAAGCGAUGUCAGUGAUAUAAUAACCCAUGUGAGUUUGCAGAAUGAAUCGUUUGUAUUACUUAGCUAUCGGCGACCGUUUAAUAUCUUGCUGCGCAUUUUCGAAGUUGGAGCAGCGGAUGGCCAGAGUUUGGGUGCGCCGUUGGCAAUGAAUGAAACUAUGCUUGAAGAUUUAAAUGCACUACAACAACACCGGCACCUGUUCGAAGGUACCGUGCAACGUCUUCGCAGUUUGUUGUUGCAACGUAAGUCCGCUAUGGACACCUUUCGCAAAGCUGCUCUGAUUCUACGUCCUAAAAUAAAGUCAUUGAAAGCGCCUCAACCGGUUCGACUAAAAGCGGGCAAUGUAGGGAUUGUUAAAAUAGUGGGUGAGUCGCUACAGAGCCCAGUGCAAUUAUUAAGGCGCGUGGAGGAAUUGCGUGCGCCUCAACGUAGUGCGCGUUUUAUGCGCGCAGCAUACCAAAAGCCUGGUUUUGUAUUAGAUAUCCCACCUGUCGCACGUAUUCGUCGCCUGCAUGUCGGUAAUCUUUUGUACAACGGUUCACUUCUACCCGGUUUCCACUUGGAUAAUACGUCAAGUACUCGACAACCCAUACUCUCCAUACGCUCCGCAAUACGCACUAAAGUGCUGAGCACAUCGCAGUUACUAACACGCCAAUCGUUUCGCAAUUCACGUGACAAUUCUGAAAGAUCUUACAAUGCGCCACUUAAGUUGGGCGAUGUAAUCGUGGAGCGCAUCAAUAAUGUGUCAGUAAAUGAAUUUUUCAACUCGUUGUUUUUACGUAAUCGCGAUCGUAAACUGAAAGGUGGUCUCAAACUGCAAGGUGAAACAAAAGUGGACUCACUAUGGACGCCAAUACUAAAUGAUUUAGUAGUUGCCCAACUUUUCAACUUGAAGGAGCCACAGGUAGUAAGCUCGAAAAUAAUGAUAGAUUCAAUAAAUGUGAAGGAAAUGCAGGCGGAUUUGGUGAAUGGCUUAAAUUUUACCGAAGAUAUAGCGUUUAGUGGCCGAGAUGACUUAAUUGAAGGUCCAGUCGAAAUUAAACAAAUGAGCAUAGCCGGUGAUCUGUUAGUUGGUUACCAACCGAAACUGGAGCGUAACAACGAUAAUAUAGACUUACAGUUUCGACAGUUCUACACUGGCAAAGUAAUCAUUAAUGGUACUUUAACGGUGGAUAAUUUAGAACUUGAUAACACCAUGUCAAUGGAAGUUUUUGUGAGUGGUCAAGCUUUUGCAGAAUCGACACUGAGAAAGACUUACUUGUUACAAAAUACACCACAGGAUAUACGCACAACUGUAUAUUUUGGUAAUGCUAAAGUAACCACACCUAAAUUUACAAGCAAAUUUUUAAAUGACCACCCCACCACACAACAUUUACUUGCCAGUGGUCACCAAAUGAUAGAAGUGCCGCUUUUACUCCUAUUUGUACAAGCCAAAGUAGAUGGUGACGUUAUCUGUAAGGCAUACAAGUCAAAAUUACUGGAAUUAUCCGAAGAUGUCGUGCGCCGGGGUGACUCAGCAAAUUUAACCGGUUUCAAAAUAUUCGAGGCACCACUUACCGUGGAACACAUAACGGCGCAGAUGCUAAAAAAUUUGUCCACAAGUGACUUGGUUUUGAAGUCGCAACUGAAGAAUGAAUACCAUUUCUUUGGUAACAAAUCUUUCGACAGAUUGGUGGUUACCAAGCAUACAUUUGUGGAACAGAAUUUAAAUUACACCUAUUUGAAUGGCAUAAAUGUAAACGCACCAUUAAAACGUGAUCACUAUUUCAAGUAUCUGGAUCUGCCAUAUCAAUUACAAGCAACUAACAUCGUUCUACAUAAGAUCAAUGGUAUCUCCUUCGAUAAGAUCUUCGACAAGUUGUCCGUGGAGAAUGAGAAGCUUGUGCUGCAUAAAGAUUUGUUAGUCAAGGGCAAUGUGCAAUUCCUCGAAAACUUGCAAGUGGAUACCAUAAAUGACAUAACAUGGUCGGAUUACGUUUCGGAUUUAGUGCGCAUUAAUGAGAAUGCGGUAAUAAAUGGCACCGCAAUAUUCAUGCAAGGGCUAACUGUGAAAAAGACGCUAAAAACGCCUUUAGUUAAUAAUAUUGAUUUGCGUGAUGUCUUUAGCAAUGUGCUUUUAAAGUCCAAACCUCAACAAAUAACUGGCAAUUAUACUUUUGGCAAUUUACGCUUAACAAAUCUAGACGUAAGCACUAUAAAUGAUGUAUCCACAAAGACAUUUAUCGAUACGCGUACAGAAGAGGUUACUUUGGCAGGUGAUCUUAUUUUACCAAAGCUCACAGUACAAGGCGAUGUAAAUGGCAAAUUCGAGAACUCGUUUCGUUACACUUCUCUCAAUGAGCAACUGCAGCAGCUACCCCAGAGACGUUGGCGUAAUCUAGUCGUGCACGGUAAUGCAGAUUGGAAUGAGUCUGCUGCUAGCAGCACAAAGCAAUACGAGGAGUUACAAUAUCUUUACAGACAAGCGGUGCGACGCAGCGGCGAUCAAGUAAUUUCGGGCACCGUCUAUAUGACACAGCCGAUAAUAAGUAGAAUGCGAACGCGCACGACAUUUCCUAAAGGCGUGGAUCUAAACUACAUAGCACGUGAUUGCCUGUUGAAAAAUACUACGGCACCGCAGACCAUAACCAGCGGCAAGUUGUUUCAUAAGCCGUUGCGAAUGCAGCGUGCUUUAGUCAAAGGUCCACUGAGUGUUACUACAUUGAAUACGAUUGAUGUGCAACGUUUUCAUGCGUCUCUCUAUCGAAUUUCUAGUGAUAUGCUGAUCGAAGGCCCAUUGUAUUUCAAAAUACCACCCAUCGUCGGACAGCUGCUAGUGCAGGGUUUGGUGAAUGGCAUGCCUACCGCGCAAAUAUAUACCACCUCGAAUGGUUUGAUGCCACCGGUAAAUAUGUAUAGCUUGGUGGUGGAUAAGGAACUAGAAAUUGCUGAUGUAAACGAUAUGAGUCUUGAUUAUUUGUUGACGAACCGCAUAAAGCUGCACGGCGAACCACAGGAUGUACAAGGCUUUUUGAUAUUUGAAAACCUGAUUUUAAAUAAUGAAACACUGUUACAAUCAAUAAACGGCAUACUGAUCGAGAAUAUGGUGUUCAAGAAAAGUGGUCAUGUACAAGUGAUUGAUGGUCAAAAGGUGGUCGAUGGCAAUCUUAUAUUCAAUGGACCUGCGCAUGUUUUAAAUUUGAAUGGUGAACGUUUGAUAGAUAUGUAUAAACAGAGCAUUUUCACAAUGGGUAACUAUCAUUUUGAUAAUCUCACCAUUGAUGAAGCUACAUUUGUUAAGGGUUUGGUGCUUGUUGGCAACAUGCCGAUGAAAUCUAAAUUUAGAACAAUGCAAGCAGGUGAGACAAGUGAAAAACUUGAAGACACAUUACAAGUGAAGACCGAUCCAGAAGACUUUAUUGAGCUGGAAGAUAAUGUCGCCUACCGCGAAGAAUUAACGGAUGUCGUUAACGAGUUGUCUAAGCUUUUUAGCACACAGAAUGCAAGUUUGACCCAUCACAACAACACCAGUCAAAAGCAUUUGCUUUAUCUGGAUUUCGAUUUCAGCACAGAGGUGCUGAAACAAUAUGCCAACGAAAGCGUGGACGAGACCUUCUUCACUGAUCUGCAGCACAUAUCUAUGUGCGAGCAUCGACUGCUGCAGGUGCAGUUCGCUGCACAGGGCCGUCGUCUGUUCAUCACUAAUGUGACCACCAGCUACUUGACCGCGCACACUGACACCAUAUGGGUGAAGGCACAAAACUAUUGUGGCGAUCGCUAUAAGAAAGUGAAGAGCAAAGUAACGGUGAAUGGUCGUAAAGUUGCGAAAGUUUUUGGCAUGAAAAAGUUUAUUGAGAGCGUAGAAUUAUUUGUGAGCGACAAGCAAAACACCUUCCUGUUGCUGCACGCGGUCGAUAAGACACGCAAUCGUAAUGAGGUGCGCGUUUUGCGCAUCAACGAUGAACGCGACGAUAUCGCAGAUUGGCAAACGAUACCGUUUGGUAUGGGCAAGUCCAUGCGUCUCUUUAAGUUUAAUAAUUUCACCGCCUUACUUAGCAAUGCAUUGGUGAAUAAUCAACAUGCAGUAAGUAUUUAUCAUUUCAACCACGAAACGGAGCACUUCAUGCUUGCACAAAUCAUUGAUGGUCCAUAUGAUGUGAUGGAGUUGGUUGCGGUGCAACCACAACGCUAUCAAUUGCUUUUAAGUUGCCAUAAGUGCCAUAACGUCAACGUAUACGAAUUGACACGCGAAAGUGUGAGCACGUAUAAACUUCUGCAAAUCAUUAAAUUGCCAAUACGCAUUGAUAAGUUGUAUACAUUCACCAUGGACAAUGGUGAAUUGUUCCUUUUGACUUUGGGCGAGCAGCAACAGGAUUUCUACUAUUUGCACAGAUAUGCCUACAUACAGGGUUGGGUGGACAGCACUUUCGGCUAUUUCCGUAACAUACAACUUGCUGUGCCACUGAGUGGCGCGCUGUCAUCGUCAAGCGGUAAUGAUUUGUUGUUAUUGUUGUGCGGUGGCGAUGAAAGCGGUAGAUGCAAUGCAGUGCGGGCAUUUACACAGUAAUCAUUAUAAAUUAUUAAUUCACUUAUUUAUUUAAAAUGCGAAAUUAUAUAAGUCAUUAAACUGUUUUUGUAAAUAUGUAUGUAUGUAUGUAUGUGUUAAGUUAAUAUUUUUGAAUGUUUGAAAAUGAAAUAAGACUCAUGAAAAAAUAAAAAAAUAUUUUUGUACCUAUGAAGCCCGAAAUAUACAUAAACUUUUUCGCUAAAAACAAUUCA